AUGCGUGGGACGGUUUUAUGGGCUCUGAGCUGGGCCCCAGUGGCGAUUUCGGUGAACCAGACGAUUGGCCAGCUAACGUGGGUGCGUGGCUCGUCAAUGCGGCCCAGCCUGAACCCGGACUCGUCGCUGGGUGCGCACGAUUUGCUGGUGCUGAAAAAGUACGGACUCCGUAAGCCUGGAGGGAUUGUCAAGGGCGAUGUGCUUGUGUUCAGAUCGCCAAUGGACGCCGAACGCGUUAUGGUCAAGCGUGUGCUUGGCACAGCAGGCGAUACAGUCAGGCCGCGGCCGACGUCGACCUAUCCCAAGAAGCAGGUGAAAAUCCCGGCCAACCACGUUUGGUUGGAGGGCGACAACGUGCACUCGAUCGAUAGCAAUACUUUCGGGCCGGUUUCUACGGGAUUAGUUAUUGGAAAGGCUGUACAGGUUAUUUAUCCCUUUUCUCGCUGGGGUCAAGUGUCUGCCGGCGGACGCGAAGAUGCGGUAGUGCAGCCGACGGAAUAUAAAUGA